UAAACUCCUCCCCACCAGGGACAGCUUCGAGUUGUUCAGGGGAGGCCCGGCGGUGGAGCAGACGGGGCAGACUCUCUCCAUCACUGUGGUGCAAGGAAGGACCGCCACAGUGCUGGAGGUGCAGCACACUGGGGUGGACUUUGCCACACUCUGACAGAACCCCUAUGCCAGCGUUGGCUGAUGGUGGGAAGCAGCAGAGAGGCAAACAGCGUGAAGGAAGCCAGCAAGACAGAGGCAGGCAGCCUCAAAGAAGGCCACCAAAAACAGAGGCAGGAACCCUCAACCAAGGUUACCUCAGAGCAACACACGCCCCACAUCCCACCAUGGCAUCCAAUCCACAUCACCUCGUGAAAGAAUUUCUUGAGGCAAUUCAACACCAGCCAACAGCGGAGCUGGUCACUGCUGUAAUGGAAGGAGACGAGGCAGGGGUGAGGUCAGCACUUGACAAGGGUGCCCGGCCCGAGGUCACCGUCCCCACUAUUGCUGGGGUGUCAUGGAGUCUGCUGACUGAGGCUGCCAGCGAGGGCCACGAGCACCUGCUGUCUCUCUUACUGCAGGCAGGGUUAAGCAUAGAAGGUGGAGGCACCACUGACAUGACACCGCUGAUGAUGGCUGCCCUGAAUGGCCACGCCCAUACAGUGAAGGCGCUGCUGGACCUCCGUGGUAACCCUCUGGCCAUGGAUAGUAGAGGUUGGACAGCCCUACACUUUGCUUCACGGCAGGGCCACCAGCAGUGUGUGGCGGCCCUCUUGCCCGUCACCCCUCCCACUCCCGCACACCUCGAGGCACACACCCCGGUGCACGCCGCCAGUUAUGGUGGCCAGGUGGAGGUACUGGAGCAGCUGGCAGGUGCUGGCUGGCCCCUCACCGCCAGGGACAGUGAUGGCGACACACCCAUGCACUUUGCUGCGGCCGGGGGUAGAGUGACAUGUGUGCAGUGGCUGGUGCAGCGAGGCGGUGACACAAGCAUACAAAAUAAUGCUGGACGCACCCCGCUUGACCAGGAGCUGGUCACUGCUGUAGAGGAAGGAGACGAGGCAGGGGUGAGGUCAGCACUUGACAGGGGUGCCCGGCCCGAGGUCACCGUCCCCACUAAUGAUGGGGUGUCAUGGAGUCUGCUGACUGUGGCUGCCAGCGAGGGCCACGAGCACCUGCUGUCUCUCUUACUGCAGGCAGGGUUAAGCAUAGAAGGUGGAGGCACCACUGACAGGACACCGCUGAUGAUGGCUGCCCUGAAUGGCCACGCCCAUACAGUGAAGGCGCUGCUGGACCUCCGUGGUAACCCUCUGGCCAUGGAUAGUAGAGGAAGGACAGCCCUACACUUUGCUGCACGGGAGGGCCACCAGCAGUGUGUGGCGGCCCUCUUGCCCGUCACCCCUCCCACUCCCGCACACCUCGAGGCACACACCCCGGUGCACGUCGCCAGUUAUGGUGGCCACGUGGAGGUACUGGAGCAGCUGGCAGGUGCUGGCUGGCCCCUCACCGCCAAGAACAGUGAUGGCGACACACCCAUGCACUCUGCUGCAGUGGCGGGAUGUGCAGCAGCUGUGCAGUGGCUGGUGCAGAGAGGUUGUGACCCACUCGUGCAAUCGAAUGCUGGACACACCCCGCUGGAGUUAGCCGUGCAGCGUGGCCGCCACGAGGUGGAGUCCUGGCUGGUUAAAAAUUGCAGCGGUGUUGUGAGGAGGAAGACUCUGCGUGUGCAGGAAGUGAGGGCGUGGCGGGGCGUGCAUGAACACCACCACAACACAGUCUUGUCCCUGCUGGUGGAGGGCAACGAGGCAGCAAUGGCCAAAAUCCCCGAGGUUUGUGAUGGUCACACGCUGAGCCAGGAUGGCCUGACGCCUCUCCACGCCGCGGCGCUGUGCGGGGCUCCCAGUGAUGCUGUGGAGGCUUUGCUGCGACGCGGCGUGAGCCCUCAUGUGACCACCCCUGACAACAUGACCCCCGCUGACCUGGCACGGCAGCAAGGCCAAGACUCGGUGAUUAAGGGACUACAGCGCCACCACUGUGUACAGAGCUACAAGCUUCCUGAAGAACUGCAUGAGGAGCUGCUCUCAACAGUCAGUCGCCGGGACGACGUGCAGGCGGUGUCCACCCUCAUAUGUAAGGGCGCGCCCAUAGAGCUCCUGGGUGGCCUUUCUGUCCUCAGACUGGCUGUCACCACCGACCGCUUACACACCGUCAGCCUGCUGCUGGCUAGCGGUGCACCGCUGCCUGCCAGCCUGCUGCAGGAGGCUUGGCAGAGCCCCGACGUGACUCACAGGGUGCUGGCCUUCCUCACCAGCGCCUACUGCUGCCGGCUGCGUGCAGAGCAGCGUCGCCUGGAAAAGGUCAGCAGCGCCCUUGUCGAGGGCAUCGACAAUCUAGUGACAACCAUCGAGGGAAAUACUCCCUGGCAGGCAGCCUGGCGAUGGGGAAAGGAGACUGACCGGCCAGCACUGAGCGACCUCCUGGCAAAGGCAGCGGCUGCCAACUGCCCCGUGACUGCCGCCUUCCUGCAUAGGGCGGGAGGGUGGACAGUCUUUAAUGGAGCCUCUGGUGGCACUGCCCUCCACGCUGCCCUGGAGGCUGGCCACAAAGGCAUGGCCGAGCUGCUGAUCAGGGACCUUGGGGGCUGCCCGUACGUGCCGGACACACAUGGUCGCCUUGCGGUGCGCAUGAUGCCUCACGAGGAGCAACAGAGGCUGGAGCAGAAGCUCUUUAUGAUGGAGCGUGAAAAACUGAAGGAUAUGGAGCUUCGCUUGAAGGCAGAUCACGAGAAGACCGCAGCACGGACAGCGCUGUGUAUACAGGAGGAUCUCUUUGAGAGCCACAAGAAGGGCGAGGGUAAGAAGGUCUCCUUACCUGAUGGCCACGCUGCCCUGCUGCUGGCCUCGCGCAAAGGUCUCCUGCAGCUGACUCAUCUUAUGCUGCAAGAGGGUCACUUCCCCGUGGACGAGGUGCUGGACCACACCUGCGGCACCACCGCCCUCCACCAGGCGGCCUCGCACGGCCAGGACGGCUGCAUGGCGCUGCUGCUGAGCGCUGGCGCCAACCCACAGCAGCGUGACACGUAUGGCCAUACACCCCGUCACCUGGCCGCCAUGUUUGGCAACAAAAGUACUUUUGAACUCCUGGCACACCAAGUGACGCAGGACCCUCCUUGCCGCGCGGGCACCACGGGCACACAGGUGAGAGAAAAUUUUAAAGUUUUUCACAAUAUGUAUUAUAGUUUUAAACAAAAUUCAUUAGACCCAAUCAACCGACGUGACCCGGAAAGCGUCAUAAGAAAUCUUGUGAGAUCCAUAAGUCUGCAAGAGCUGCAGGAGAAGGCUCAGCGGGUGGCUGUGGAUCUAUCAAAGGGCGAGGCCCUUGAGGUAAAGGAGGCGGUGAUGGCAGAAAUAAGCAUAAUCAUGAAUAAGGUGUCAGCCGCUGAUGCCACGUACCGCGGCGACCUGAGGCUGGCGGGCAGUUCUCAGGACGGGUCUAAGCUUUACGCCCCUGACGAAUUUGAUAUAAACCUCGUGAUUCACAAGGAUGACGUAGGAAUAACUGUUAGCGAGAGAGGGAAGGAGGAAGCCCCGCUGAAGGGCAGGUUACAGAUUUGUGUGAAGACUGACAAUCCCCACCUUGAGGGUAAUAGAUUUAUGGCCAGUUUGUACGAGGAGGUGCACCGGUGCCUCGCUGGCCACACCCUGCAGGACAAAAGACUGAGCCUGGUGCCGCCGGGCCUGACCAGCACGCAAGUGGGCGUGGGACUCUCUCUGGCCUGGCAGGGGCGAGAGUAUCCACUGUUGCUGGUCGGCGUGGACCUGGUGCCAGUGCUUGAGGUGCCAUGGCUGGAGCAAGUUUUCAGACCGUUCCUCACUCCUGAGGACACCACCACCAUGCAGCUCAGUAAUGUUGCUGAUGGAACAUGGCGCUGCAGUUUUGCCUUGACAGAGGCUGAGGUGCUGGGGACGUUGACGCCCGCAGAGCGCCAGGUGCAGCUGAUGGGAAAAGUACUUCUUUCCCGCCUCAAGCCCGAGCGCUGGAUGCCUCGGCACAAAAAGAGCUUUUUCAAAUGGUUCGCCACACGGGAGUGGAACAUCGCGGUGCCAAGCGUGUUCUGUUUCAAGAACGCCCUCCUGCGGUGGCUGGAGCACAGGCGGUCGAGGGAGGUAGAGCUUGGAGCUGGACAGGAGGGGGACCCCGCCAGAUGGGUGGUGGAGGUGUUCAGAUUGAUGUGUGCGAACCCAGAAGAGACACGAGAGAACCUGACAACUCAAAACAGCUCCGCCUACUUUGGAGGAGACUGUGAGGGGCGGAAGCCUGGGGACGGGGCGCCCAUCAUCAUGCAGUGCCUGGAGGAGGGUUUGGAAAGGUUGUGCUCUGGCUCGGCCUCUGCCAAGACAACCAGGCGGCGGCGACGAAAGUAUUAGAUGCAAAAGAUGCAGACCAUUGUAAUCAUUAGCUGUGAGCUGCGCCACACCUCGUAAGACCUCCUACCCCCCCCCCCCACACACACACACACACACACACAGGAACGCCUGUGCUUGGUGCUUGAUUUUCAGAUUCAGUAGUUUAUAUAGCCAAUUAGUUGUGGACUCGAUAUAAAGAAAAAUAUAUAUUUUCAUUUCGCGAGCCUAGUGAGAGAAGAUACUCUGUUAAUAGGGUCUCUCAUCUGUGUGCACUUGUUGGCCCCUGUAAUACCGCAGGUUGAGUAAUGUGAUGGUGCAAGCUGAGGUAAUGCCACCUUUGGCCAGUAAGUACAGCAGGGCAAGAUAAUAGUCAACUUGCAUGUUGUAUGGUGAAACAGGCUCUACAUGGAUUCAUGGAUGAUAGGCCUAGAAGUGUUUGAUAUUCAUUUGCAAACGGCAGUGCCAUUAGGACAUGAAAUAUUUAGUACAGGUUUAUUAAGACAAUGUCUGGUCUGGGUGUAAAUAAAGCACUUCGGCUUGACAAGAUGAUGACAAAUAAGUUAUCAAAUCAAGAUGGAAUGUCACAUUUGUAGCACCAAGUACCAAAUGCAGAUGGUAAUUGGUUAAAACAAACUGUUAAGGUAAGGACUUGUGCUAUUGAUAGACAGAGAUUGUCUGAACAAACUUAUAACAGGCCAGCAUUUCUUAAUUAUAGGAUGGUGACAAUGCAAGGAAAAUUACACAAGUAUUUAUCUGUUCUCCUUAAACAACACUCACGUGCCGUAAGUGUGUUCAAGUGUGCAAAUCAUCAGCUGCCAUUGUAAGUGGUAGUGAAGGAAUGCAAGUGUACAAAAGUGAAUCUGUUCUUUAGGUGAUCUUAAUGGUGCAGAUGAAACUCACUCUUCAUUCAAAUUGACUUUUUUUUUUUUUUAACAAAUAGCUGAAAAAAAUGUCAAGAAAUAUUGCUUCACUAAUGUAAAUGCAACAAAAAUAGGGGAAUUCCUUGGAGCGAGAAACGUGACUGUCUUAUUAAGUAGUGUUAAGUUCAUCCAAGAUAUAACUUGUUAUUUUUAAAAAAACUUAUAAGAAGUAAUUGUUAGCAGAUAAGUGACAUCUGUAUUUGGUGUGUACAGUAUAACAAUUUGUACUCUCAUACCCCGCCUGAGGUCGCUUUCAAACCUUUCAAGCACACUUCUCAUAUUUGCAAACUUAUACAUGUAAAUUAACCAUUGCCUUGUAUUUUUUUCAUGAACACAAAACUAUUCCUCUCUGUAUUAUGGAAAGUGAUGUGUGUCAGUAAAUCAAACACAAAAA